UUCCGGUUCUCAACCUCUCAUUAAUAUUUGGGCCGCAUAGAGUUCUCUUUUUGGCGUUACCUUGUUUUCCGAGCUAUCUCUGAAAUGACGAACAAAGGAAAGCCGAACAUGAUUGGUCUUCUUGAGCGAUUUUCCUGGACUUGGCAGGUACACCAACCAUUGGAAAGUUAUCUGGAUUCGUCUUUGGAAUUAUCCUUCAAAAUGUCCGCUUUCGGUUUGAACGAGCAUCAUAAUCAUUUGCUUCUGAACUUUCUGAGGUUUGCCAAAUUCCAACGCGGUCAAUGCAUCAAGUCGGUGAAUUCAUCUUUCGAGGAUGCCAAGGACACGAGAUUUUUGGACCCUACCUACACCGUCGAUGAAGUGAAAGACAUUCUGUCUGAUAUAGCCGAGGCUGUUUUGGGCGAGAUUGAGCUGGAGUUAAUCAAUUUCUCACACACCAACGUUCUGUUGCUCCAGCAAGUGUUCAGGCAAUCUGAGAAGUGGCAUCUUAAUUUAGAAGCAGAUCUUGCCGAAUUGGAAAAUAGGGAGUUACUGGAUAAAGUGAAGAAUUGGGAGGAAAAUGAGUUGGCCUCGCAACCAGUUGAAAAGCCCAACUUGUCUCCUAAGAAGAGGUUGGCACCCCUCAACCAAGGAGGACCCGUUCAAUUGUUGAAUAAACAAAUUGAAGAGCUUGACGAAGAAAACAAAGUGUUACGAGAAAGGUUGAAGACCGUAGAAGAAAAGGCCAAAGCUGCAUUGAAAGAGAAAGAUUCCCUGGCAUCUCAAUUAGAAGAUGCUCAAAAGGACACCCAAAUCAAACCUAACGAACCUGUUCAUGAUAAUGAAGAUCAAUCCAAGGAAAUCGAUGAGUUGACAGAGACAGUGAAGCUAAUGCGCAAUCAAAUGACCACAGAGAUCGAAAUGAAGGAAAAGUCAGCAGCAGAAUUGGAAACCAACCUCACGACCACCAAACACGCACUCCUUGAUGUUCAGCACCAAUUGUCGAUGGCAGAAAAGGAAUUGGAGAAAAAGUUUAGUCAAACAGGAGCGUACAAAAAUCUAAAGAUGAUGAUGAACUCCAAAAACGACCAGAUCAAGGAUCUCCGGAACAAAUUGGCAAAAUACGAAAAGGACGACGACGAAGAGGAAUAGGUAUAUUUACACCAGAAUACAUAUCCGGGUUCAGGAUUGAUUUUGUUCCCAACAAUUAUGCUUCAUGUUGUAUAA